CAUCACAAAAUAUUUAAGAAGACAUAGAUAUGCAAAGUGGUUAUUUUAUUUAUUUAUUAUCAAAUAAGAGUGCAAAUGAUAUACUACAGUCCUCGAGCUCUGGGAAAAAAAUUAUACAACUGUUUGAUUCGGUUAGGGUUUUGACAAUGGAAAACAGGCGCAAAAUAGUGAAUUUAAUUUAAUUAAAUUGGCAGAAAUGGAAAGGCUCGCCAACGAUCUAGUGAGCAUAUUUCCGUCCGAAAAAAAUAGGUUUACUAUAUCGGGCGCAAGGAAGCGAAGAGAAAUAGUCCUGUUGGGAUUCUAUUUAUUCCACAACCAUUUUAAAAAAGGUCGGCCAAAAAAGAUAUUAAGCCAGAACCAGAAAAAAAUACUUAUGUUGUCAGCUUCGAAAUGGUCGACUUGGUUAAAAAACUUAAAUUUUACAUUGGGAGCGAGGAGGACUCCAUGGAGUUAUGGGCCGCCACGUAUGAGGUCAGAAAGAACUUCAUUAGUAUCCCAGAAAUCGAUUCGGACGCUGCUAUGCAGGAGUUUCCUUUGCUUAAGCAGGCGACUGGAUUUUAAUUUGUAAGCAAGAUUAUGCCCAGUUUCGGUAAAAAGAUGUUUGUGAUGUUAUUAUAUGUAUGUUUGAAACUUCUUUUGCAAAUCUCUGUUAACUAUCAUUAUUUAAUAACUUUUUGUUGGAUCACGAUUUUAAUAAACUGCACCCCGAUCGGCAAUACUGUUUGACAACGAAGUGGGAGAGAACGGUACCAAAGUUGAUGUCCUAUUAUUCCUUAUACGUAAAGGACAGAUUUUACAAGCAACUUUUAACGUUCCUAAACGUUGUUGGCGAACGCCCGAGGGACUGUAUAUUGUGUAUGGCUUUGCACGUAGUUAUAAAACCAACGUACCGGUACACUGUGACACAAGCGGACCAGGAGUUCUGUCGAAAGGCGACCAUCGAAGACAGCGUUAGCAGCGCGGUAUUGUAUGUCACCGGAAUCAAUGACGUUCAAAACCUGAUUGAAACAUUGAACAGAAAAAGUGUCGAGUCAAACUCCCCCAUUCAACCAUUUAUAAUUGUAGUGGGCGUAGACAUUUCCAAUUUGGUUGAAUUCUAUGUUAGCUUUAAAAAGUCCUUUUAUAAGCUUAACUCUUAAAUUAUUGCACUAGAUAUAUGUUUUAAAAUUUAUCAAGUAUUUGGUCUAAAGUACCCAAAUGAAUCCCAUAAAGUGUGGUCUUUUUUACAAUACUCUUUUGAAAACUGAAAUUGGUAUUAUAUAUCCGUGCGUAUUCAAUGUCAUUGUAGAUUUAAACAAAUUGUAAGUACUUUGUAAAAUAUUUUUAAUUUUAAAAUUUAUUUAUGUCCUUUUUAAUUUUAAGAUCUUGAAAUAUUCUGUGAUUAGUUAGGUCUUAUAUUUUUAAUUUCUAUAUUAAGUUCUUUUAUAAGAUAAAUACCUAGCCAGUAACAAUAUGCGUUUUUAAGGAAACUAGUGACAAAAGUU